CAGUUUUAUUUACUUCCAGAGUCUCAUGAUAGUCAAGAGGCAAGUCCUGAGAGCUUGAUUUCCACCUUCAAAUGAAUUUUUCACUUCAGUAGACCUCAAGUUGCUGUUUGGAUUUUUCUUCUGAAAUAUUUAAGAGAAAAGUAUUGAGCAGAGUCAUGUCAGAACAUAGCAGGAAUUCAGAUCAAGAAGAAAUCGAUGGGGAGAUUGAUGAAGAUGAAAUCUUGGCCAACUUGUCCCCAGAAGAGCUCAAAGAACUACAGUCGGAAAUGGAGGUGAUGGCCCCUGACCCCAGGCUUCCUGUGGGAAUGAUUCAGAAGAAUCAGACCGACAAGCCACCAACAGGGAACUUUGACCAUAAAUCUCUCGUUGAUUAUAUGUAUUGGCAAAAGGCAUCCAGACGCAUGCUGGAAGACGAACGUGUUCCUGUCACCUUUGUGCCAACCAAGGAAAAAGCUCAAAAACAGCAUGAAGCAAUAGACAAAAGCAAUAACAAUAUGUCCCAGUAUUUAAAAGAAAAGCUUAACAGUGAAAUCGCUGCACAUAAAAGAGAAUCACAGGGCAGUGACAAUGUCCAAGAAGCAAAUAAUGAUGAUGAAGAUAAUGAAGAUGAGGAGGAAGAUGAAGAAGAUGAUGCAGAAGAUGAAGGAAAAGAAGACAGUGAAGAGAGUGAUGGGACAAAAAGAGAGGAAGGUAAGGUAAAGGAGCAAAUCAGAAAUGGUGAGAACACCUGCCAACAGGUAACUAGUAAAGUAACUGAAGAACAGAAAGGCAGACCAGAGGCUCAAGACAAAACUGAGAAAAAAAUAUCAAAAUUGGAUCCCAAGAAGUUAGCUCUAGAUACCAGUUUUUUGAAAGUAAGCGCAAGGCCCUCUGGAAACCAAACGGACCUGGAUGGGAGCUUAAGGCGAGUGAGACAAAAUGACCCUGACAUGAAGGAACUCAACCUGAACAACAUUGAAAACAUCCCCAAAGAAAUGUUGCUGGACUUUGUCAACGCAAUGAAGAAAAACAAACACGUCAAAACCUUCAGUUUAGCGAAUGUGGGUGCGGAUGAGAAUGUAGCAUUCGCCUUGGCUAACAUGUUGCGUGAAAAUAGGAGCAUUACCACUCUCAACAUAGAGUCCAAUUUCAUCACAGGCAAGGGCAUCAUGGCCAUCAUGCGGUGUCUCCAGUUUAACGAGACACUCACCGAACUUCGGUUUCACAAUCAGAGACAUAUGCUGGGCCACCACGCUGAAAUGGAAAUAGCCAGGCUUUUGAAAGCGAACAACACUCUCCUGAAGAUGGGCUACCAUUUUGAGCUUCCGGGUCCACGAAUGGUAGUAACCAAUCUGCUCACCAGGAAUCAGGAUAGACAAAGGCAGAAAAGGCAAGAAGAACAGAAACAGCAGCAGCUCAAAGAGCAGAGGAAGUUAAUAGCCAUGCUGGAGAACGGGUUGGGGCUGCCCCCUGGGAUGUGGGAGAUGCUGGGAGGACCAAUGCCGGAUUCCCGGACGCAGGAGUUCCUCCAGCCUCCCCCUCCUCGACCUCCCAACCCCCAAGCAGCCCCCUUCGGUCGACAAAAUGAGGUGACGAAAAAGCCAUCGCAGCCACCGAAGUACAGGACGGACCCCGACUCCUUCCGCGUGGUGAAGCUGAAGAGGAUCCAGCGCAAAUCUCGGAUGCCGGAAACCAGAGAGCCACCCGAGAAAACCAAUCUCAAAGAUGUGAUCAAGACGCUCAAACCCGUGCCGAGAAACAGGCCGCCCCCGUUGGUGGAAAUUACCCCCCGAGAUCAGCUCUUGAACGACAUUCGUCACAGUAACAUCGCCUAUCUUAAACCUGUGCAGCUGCCAAAAGAACUGGCAUAAGAGGCAACAGAAUAAUCAGGGGAAGAAGGAAGUGAUUUAAUGAUUCUGGGAUUAGAACUUGACGACUGCUUCAGCUGCAUACUUCUGGAUCCAGGUGGUGGAACUGGGAACAUUGCUAAGUGAUACGAGUAUUUUGUAAAAGGCAGAAUACUUAGCCUGCGACAAAACAGAAGCUGAAAAGGCAGGGGGAGGAGAUAAACUAUUCAGGGCAACAUUUUCUACUUCCAAUUGGUUGGAGUGACUUAGAUGAAAUUUAGAGUCUUCUAGCAGAAGUUAAUAUUUUCAUAAACCUUUGCUUUAUUAUUGCUUUCUUCUGGUAAAUAACAAUAAAUAUGAUACAGGUGUUAACUAUUA